AACAUAGUGUAUUAUCUUGCUGAAGUUUAGUUUUUUAGAAAUCCACAUCAGUCAUCUUACUGUUUUGAACUGGAAUUUUCGUACUCAAGUAGCUGAGAUGUUUUCAAGUUAUGUAUUGAUAUUGAUUUUGGUUUCUUCGAAUUCCGGCUAUACAGAAGCUGGAUUGAUCGUUUCUCCUAACCAAGAGUCAAAGGAUUCCGCAAUAAACUCAAAUGGACCCACGGCUAAAUCAGAAUCUGGAAAAGAAAUCGAUAAGUGCAAUGCUGAACUGUUGAGAAAGGGGACUGGAGAUGACAGCAACACAAAGAACCCAUCGGGAAAAAAGCUACAAGAGCCAAUAUCGCAAUCAAAGGCGAGGCUCCUCGGGGCUAUUGGCUCCAUGUUGGGCCUCCAUGUUAUCAGCACCCUGGGCGGCAGUAUUACCUUCGUCUACUUCAGCGGGACUUGUUGUGCGGACGGUGGUAUCGAUUGUUGUAUAGGUGAAAGUGUAGCUAGCAGUUGCUAUGAGGGUGAUUGUUCUUGGCAGACUAGCAGUUAUGGUCCAGCAGUCGGUAUGCCUGGUUGGCGUCGCAGAUGCGGGUUGUAGUGAAGGUGGAAUUUUGGGUUUCAAUCGGAAUAUCUAACGCAAUAUUGAAGGCAUGAUUUAUUAUAUGAUCCACAUUUGAAGAAAUGAUUAUUCCAACGCUGCAGCGAACUGUUUAGGAGUUGAAGCCGCUAUUUGGUAGCAUAAGGUGGGUGAUUCUCAAAAAAACCUCAAGAGUAGUGAUUCUCGAGGAUUAUUCUAAUUGGGGGUGUUGUGUAUGUAUAUAUAUUCUAUUCUUCUCAUCACUGUCUACAAUAUCCAUUAAAAAAAGUAAUUUAUUUUUC